GUUGUAAACAUUGUUGCAGAGUUUGUGUUUUGUGCCCAAUCAAUUAAUUGACUAAUCGCAGCCUAAAGCCAGUUUGUCAUGGUUUGGCUGGUUUUGAUGGGUGCUGCUGGACUUCUGCUGUCCUAAAUGGUCUAUUUAGAAAUGAACACUGGCACCCACAUGCAGUACAUCAGCACAAGAAUAACCUUAUCCGGAAUUUCUUGUUGUUUUUUCCUUUUCUUUUAUUCUUGCCAUUAAGCAUUCCCCUUCGUGUUGGUUCGUUUCAAUUGCUUUUAUUUUGAAGGCUGGGGCCGGAAGUCCUACCCUGAUCUGUGUGACGUGACACAGCAGUUGCUAGGGCGCAAGCUCCAUAGCAACCGAACCACAGAGAGGAAAAGUUGAGAUUUUAGGUUUUUGUCUUUUAAUAGAAGAGUAGAAGAUGGCGGGUCUCUUCCCAACGCCGAGGCCGGAGACAGAAGCGUUACCCUGAAAUAAAAAUGCCUGCCACAAAAGUUAUCAUGCCCAAACCAGUGGAGGCUACAAGAAAAACCCUCGAGAAACCCAAACCGGUGAAGGUAAGAGCGGUUAACGGAGCGGAGAACGACCUCAGAGUGCCCGCUGUGCGUAAAAGCCGCGCGUCGAGCUGCCCGAGGUGUCCGCAGCGGGACCCGUGCGCGAGGAGCACCGGAGCGCAGCGCGCAGCCCUCAAAACGAGCUGUGAGAGGAGGUCCAGGUCCACCUCCACCGCUCCCAAAACCACCGCAAGAACAACAAACCCGGACUACCGGAGGGCGACCAACUCUGUGAAACACCCAGAAUGCCGUGAGAUGAGCGGCUGUCCGGGUCCGAGGGCGCAGCUGGGCGUCAGGGCUGAGGCAAAACAUGCGAGUCAGAGCCACAAAGCGUUCACUGUCAUCCCCCCGAACCCCAAGAAAAGAAGAGAGAUCCAGAGAAAGGCGGAGGCGGAGCUCGCCGCUUUAGAGGAGCUUCGGCUGAGCAGAGCGAUGGCUUAUGUCUCCAUUAACCCCAGCAGUGUUGGUGGCUGUAUGAGUCUGGAGGAAGUACGGUUGAAGCAGCAGCAGGAAAUGAUGCAAGCCAAGAGGAAACCGAUGAAGACGCAGGUGAUGGAGCAAACACCUGUCCUGAACAGCUGAGCGUCACCUCUCCCCCCGUCUCUGCCGGCAGCUCAACUGUACGACGCAAAGUUCACAUGCUUUCAAACUGGAUCCAAGUCACAUAUUUAAACACAAAAUUGAAAUGAAACUGGGUUAGAAAGAUGUACACAUUAAAUUAUUUGUAUACAAAGCGUGACACUGCUUGUGUUUAUUCUGACAUCAUUGUGGACCCGUUUAUGAAGAUUUCAUACAGCAUUAUACUAUAUGUUUUGUAUAUAGUUGUUUAGUAUGUCAUGUAUUAUGUAUUUUGUAUAUAUGUCAUGAACAGAUCAUGCAGUUUAAAGGGUUAGAUAUGGAUUUUUCACAAAAUGGCAGCCCAAAAACAUUUUUAUUAAUCUUUGGACUGAUCUAGAAAGCAUUGCACAUUGAUGGAUAAACCCUUAACGAGGCCAUUACUUAAAUCGUAUGAAGCCUUAUUAUAAAGUGGUACCCAUGUUUGACUUAAAAACUGAUUUGGCACUUGUUUCAAGACAUAAAGACUUAAUUAUGAACUUUACCCCUAAUGGUAUCUAGCCCUUGAGAUAGAUUUAGCUGAAGUUGUCCAUGUUUUGAGAUGUUUGUCUUUAAGAUUUCCAUUUCUGCCACCCCCCCAAUACAACUCAGGUUAACGGAUUUUGUUUGUGCAUCUCUGCCCGUUGAGAAAUCACAUUAAAGAAAGUCAAAAGCAGUGUGUCUUUCCAGAAAUGAUGUCCUGGUCACACUGGAUAAUCUGCCGAACACUUUGUCAACAGUUUUCGUUGGAACUACUGAAGAAAUAGCCCAUACAAGCUGUUCACAGUCCUAUAAAGACAGCACGUAACUGCAGGGGACGAAUCAAGUCCCAGAAAGAGUCCCAGAAAGAGUCCCAGAAAGCCCUGUAAUAAGAAGCAUCCAAUCAGUGAGCUUAUUAUUCUGUUGGUGCACCAAUUAUUAUUAUUACUAUGCAUUUUGCCUUUAUUUGACAGGAGACUACGACAGACCGCAAACACAAUGAGAGGGCAAGUGGGGUGACGUGCAACAAUGGCCCCCAGCCAGAAUCAUUAUUAAUUAAUUAAUUAAUUAGUUAUUAAAUGGACCAAGAUUUUGGAUCAUAGUUUAUUUUAGUUUUUUUAAUUUCCUUGUGAAUUUUGGUCCUUGGCGCAACAAUAAAGCAUUCGAUUCAUGCUAUAAGUCUGAUAUUGUGACUCUGGUUGGAGUCUUCUGCAACUGUUGAUGAGGCUCAUGGGUAAUGUAGUAUUUAGCACCAUUUAACAUGCCAAACUUGAUUCGUCAGGAACAAGUUUGCAGCGGUGGAAGAAGUAUUCAGACAUUUUACUUGAGUAAAAGUGGCUAUACCACAAUUUAAAAAUACUUUGUAACAAGUAAAAGGGUUACAAAAUAUUAUCAGCAAAAUGUACUUUAAGUAUCAAAGUAAAAGUACUCACUGUGCAACAUGUAAGCAGAAUUGUAAUAUUGUAGGCUGCAGUAAAGCUAAUUUUAUUAAUUUUAUAUACUGUUGGGUGGUUUAAUUUACGGUAUAAUAAUACCUCAUAUUUUAUAUACUAAUUAUAGGUUUUUUAAAUCUUCAUCUGCAAAGUAACCAGUAACUAAAAAGUAAAAGUACAAAAUUUCCCUCUGAAAUGUGGUGGAGUCAAAGUAUAAAGUUGCAUAAAAUAAAAAAAGUACCUCAGAGUUGUAUUUAAGUACAGUAGUUCAGUAAAUGUACUUUCCACCACUGCAAAUGAGACAUAUUAAUUACUUGAUUUCUGUGUUUCUGUGUUGAGUUAGAUUGUUAAAAGUAUAAUAAAUUUUUAUAAAAUGGAAAUCUA